CCAGAAACCUAUGAUUCUCUCUCUCUUCUUUCUUCCUCUCUCUUAGCAUUUUCUCGACGCCCAAAGCAAUGGCCGUAGAGACCCAGACCAAGGCAUCGGAGGCGGCCCAGGAGGUCGUCGUCGCCGGGGCGGCGGCGGAAGAGAAGGAGGUGGUGAAGGAACUGCCACCGCCGCCGCCGGCCCCUGAGGCAGAGGAGGACCCCAAGAAGCAUUCCGGAGAGGAGGCGCCGUCCUUGCCCGCCAUCGGCCGUGCCGUCACCUUCACGGAGGAGAGCAACCUCGUCACCGACCUCGAAGACCCCGAGAAGAAGGCUCUCGACGAGAUCAAGCAGCUCGUCCAAGCCGCCCUCGCCAACCACGAGUUCUCCCCUCCACCGCCACCCCCACCGGCGGCGGAGCCGCCGAUCAAGGUGGAGGAGGAGGCUAAGCCUGAAGAACAACCUCCCCCGGCGCCGGCGACGGAGGAGCCAGCCCCACCAUCGGACAUCCCUCCGCCAUUGGAGGAGGUGCUAAUCUGGGGGAUCCCGCUCCUCGGGGACGAGAGGAGCGAAACCGUCCUCAUCAAAUUCCUCCAAGCCCGGGACUUGAAGGUCAAAGAAGCCAUGGCGAUGCUGAAGAACGCCGUGAUUUGGAGGAAGGAGUUCGGCAUCGAGGCGCUCGUUGAGGAGGACCUCGGCAUCCCGGAGAUGGAGAAGGUGGUCUUCAUGCACGGCACCGACAGAGAUGGCCACCCGGUGUGCUACAACGUCUACGGGGAGUUCCAGAACAAGGAGCUCUACGCCAUGGCCUUUGCUGACGAGGAGAAGAGGCAGAGGUUCCUCCGGUGGAGGAUCCAGUACCUCGAAAAGGGCAUCCGCCAGCUGCUCGACUUCAGUCCUGGUGGUGUCUGCACCAUGGUUCAGGUCACUGAUCUCAAGAACUCGAUUGGCCCCAUGAAGCGCGAGCUUCGUCAGGCCCUCACCCUGCUCCAAGAUAAUUACCCUGAGUUUGCCGCUAAGCAGAUAUUCGUCAAUGUUCCAUGGUGGUAUCUUGCUUUCAAUCGAAUGAUCAGCCCUUUCUUCACCCAGAGGAGCAAGAGCAAGUUUGUUUUUGCUGGGCCAUCCAAAACAGCUGAGACCCUUUUCAAAUACAUUGCUCCUGAGCAAGUCCCAGUACAGUAUGGAGGUCUGAGCAAGGAGAACGACCCUGAAUUCACUGCUGCUGAUGCGGUUACUGAAAUCACCAUCAAGCCUUUGAUGAAGCAACUCAUAGAGAUACCACUUAAUGAGAAAUGCCUUCUUGUUUGGGAGCUCCGAGUCCUGGGAUGGGAUGUGACCUUCGGUGCAGAGUUUGUGCCAAGCUCAGAAGAUGGAUACACAGUGAUCGUGCAGAAGGCUAGGAAAUUAGUUGCUACUGAUGAACCUGUGGAGAAGAACAGAUUCAAGAUUGGAGAAGCAGGCAAGGUGGUUCUCACAGUGGACAAUACCACAUCCAAAAAGAAGAAGCUCCUUUACAGAUACAAGAUCAAGAGCUCUACUGUAUCCCUUUGAGGAGUUUCUCCACUCCUGGAGAAGGGAUAGAAGGAAAGUAACCUUUGUUGAGGGACCUUUUUUACUGGAUAGAUACAGACUUGAGUUGGUGUUUCUUGGGAAGAUGGUUAUUCUAUUUCGACUAGUAUUUUUGCAUCUUGUUUCUAUUUUUGAGUUGAUUAUUUUGUUUAAUGUAAGUGUAUUGGUGUUGUGCUUCUUGGGAGACUCUGACAACUGAGUUAUUUACUUUGUAAAUUAUCUGUGUACAUUUGGUCUCUCUGGAGUUACUCUUGUUAUUUGAUUGCUUUACUAGAAACCUUUGCCAUGGAAGCAUCCA